CAUGUGGCAUUGACACCUCAGACAGUCGCCGGAAACGACAAUACAUAUAAGGGACAGACUCAACCUUUUCCCCUGCCACCUUUAGGCUCUUCUUACCGUGGGUCCGAGUCCGACGAUUAUUUGUUCUGUCGAGCUAAAAGGUGCGCCUGCACGCCAGUCGAAUAUACUACGGCACACCUCGAAUGUUAUCAGAUAUUCCUCAGAGUCUGUCACUUGGGGAAAAUACAAAAGGAGCACGCGCUGCAAAAAUUAUGGAUCUCUACUGCGUGGAGGCUUCCAUGGAAAGAUGCAAUUUCUAUGCCUGCAUCCACUAUAGACAUACCAACAAAUCAAAAAAGUCUGCAGAUAAUCGGUCAACUGUUUGGAAUAACAUUCCUACACAGGCUUCCUCGAGAGUUACUGCUCACCAUCUGGGGGGAAUCUAAAACUUCCCUGUUCUGGAGAUGCAUGUCGAUCAUCCGGUUGGUAACUGAGUUUGAGACCAACAGUUCAGAGUUGCAAAUCAAGCCGUUAGAUCAGGUGGCUUCCUGGCACCGCAAUGGGAAAUUGGAGUGUGCGCCAGCAUCUACCGCGUACCCGUUUACUCAGCUUACGAUUGAUCAAGAAGGCAUCAAGGAGAUAGAGAGGCUCCGUUGCAAGCCUCAGUAUACAGGAGAUACCUGUAAUCAUUCCACUUUCAUUGUUGAAGAGGGGUUGUCGUUUCAUGGGAUCGAAGCACACAUCCAGGAUGGAAGACUGCGUCUACGUAAGACACAAAUCCAGCCUAACUACCCUUAUAUAUGGAACACUCCAGCUCCGCCUCGCCUCUCCUUGUGUAGAGGUUCAAUGUCUCACUCACUUCCUUCAUGGCGGCUCCAGGCUGUGAAUACACAGAAAAUCGCAGGAAUCACCUUCUUCUUCAUUCAGGAUAGGUUGUAUGACAUUUACAUUCACGACUCGGACAAAUCAAGUGCAAACGAUCUAUAUGAGCAGCUGCCGCCUGACAUACGUAGAGACGCUAUCUGGAUAUACUUGCCAAUAGGAACUGCAGACAGGAUGCUUGUUUUGGGGACUCGCUUUAUUUCUAUGAGCGAGUACAACGUUCUCGUUCGGAUGGAAAAAGCUGGAGAUGUUGUCAUUGGAAGAAACUGCUUCUUUAGUGAAGCUGACUUUCACCCCGAGUUGUUAUGGCCUGGUGACUGGCCCAGCUCUCGCCCGGACCAAUGCCUAAGCGGAGAUGGCCCGGUAACCUUGCUUUAUGGUAAACGGGUACGAGGAUUUUUUGAGAUUCCAUUGUUGGGUGCAUAUUGCGAAUCGGGCACUUGGACUCUUCCAGAGCCAUUUAUGCUCGAGAAGCCUACGCCUGAGCGGUUUGAUCGUAUCGGCUACUACUCUCGAACGCCUUUAGACCAAAUUGCGGAAUCCUCGGUCUAUUAUGUACCAGGCUCUGGUCGUUGUAGAGGCAUUCUUCUGCGAUAUAAGAACGGCGGGUGUAGAGCUGUCGGGCAAUGCCGCGUAAAC